UGAAAAGAACGUUAGAUGGCGAGAGUAUCUCAAAGCUAACCGUUUCGCAAAUUUUUGUUGUGUUUCGACAAAUUGGUUAAAUCAGCCGGUGCUAAACGAUAUAAAUAAAUACAUAUUGUACAUAUUAAACGGGAGAUAUACAAAAACGUUAAAAAAUGAGCAAAGCACACCCGCCAGAACUCAAAAAAUAUAUGGAUAAAAAGCUGUCUCUAAAAUUGAAUGGAGGUCGACUUGUUGUUGGAUUAUUGAGAGGUUUUGAUCCAUUUAUGAACAUGGUUAUUGACGAAACUGUCGAGGAAUGCAAAGAUGGCACCAAGAACAAUAUUGGAAUGGUGGUAAUUCGUGGCAAUAGCGUCAUAAUGUUAGAAGCCUUAGACAGGAUAUGAGACAUGCUUUUUUGCCAUCUUCUGUAUUUGAUAUAUACAUUUAUAAGAUAUCUUUAAACAAAUAAAACUAUUCUAAGAUGUACAGAUGUUUUGUUCCAUAUUUUUUUUCAACAUAACGAAAAGAACAACUUUUGCUUAUGUUUGAAUAACUAUUACAAAAAAUGAUUUACACUUGAUAUAAAAUCAAUCUUUAUUAAACAUUAUGUUUUUGUAAUCAGUAGUAGAAAUAAAAUUAACAGGAAUUGCGAUAUUUACAUUUAAUAUAUUUUACAUUUUAUUAAUAUAUACACAUAGGGCAAACAAGCAAAUUUCAAGAAUGACAAAUAUUAUUAUUAAAUACAAUUCAAUAAUGAAUAUAAUUGACUUAAGGCUUUCGGACACUUUUGAUGCACAAUGAUUAAUUAUUAAUCAUUGAAUUAUCAAUUGAAAACUUCUUUGCCCUUUACACAACAGAAAUCAGCAUCACACACACACACACACACCAUACAAAUAUCUGUAAAUCUUAAUUAAAUCACUGUAAAACUUAUUUUUUUCAUUGAAUAUAUAAUGUGUAAAGAUAUAUGUAGAUUUAUCAUCAAUGCAGAAUUCUAAAGAAAUGCGAUUUUGGCACAUUUUACUAAUUUACACUAUUGAAUGCCAACAAUGGCGCGUAAAGAAAAAAUUAUUUUGGAUAUAAAUUCACAGAUUAAAUAAAAAAGACACUCUAAAAUUUUUACACAUUUAAUACAGACUAUUGUUUUGAAAUGUGUUUAUCAAUAUAACUUGAUUAUGAUUUCCACCUCACAGACUUUUAUCACGAUGAUAUUUAUUGUAAGAGCUUUGUGAUUUGUGAAAUAUGUAAAGCAAAUUAUUUAUUACACGGCCUCACAAUAAAAAAUGUAUAUUUUCCCAUUUUUUCAA